UUAAGCCUCAAGUGCCGCGGAACGAUCCUUUAAAUUGAAUUCAACUAAUUAACAACAAUUGACAGUGAAUAUUUUUUGUUGAUUGCUUUGAGUUUGGCAAAUUGCUUCGCGGUCUUAUAACUGGAGUGCGGUAACGUAAGAUGCUGCAACCGGGAUAUUACGACGUGGGCAGUCCAGGUAGCGGGUCCGCGUCGGGAGCAGAUUCAUGCAACGCAACCCCGUUCUCGGUCAAGGAUAUUUUGAAUUUAGUGGAUCAAGGUGAACCGUACUUGGGAUGUCACAUGGAAAACAUUCAGUCGAAUCAAUACAGCGACUAUGAUAGUUACACAGAACAACUACCAUCAGUACCUCAUGGAUAUGUUCCCCAAACACAUUCCUACUCAUACGAUUAUCCCAGCUACCACCAUCAUCAUCACACCAACUACCAAUACUCUCCUCCUCAGUUUCUACCAGAAAACGUAAAUUACCAAUGCUCGACACAUCAGCCAGCGUUCAAUGAUAACAACAACAGUAUAUCCACAUCAGGAAGUGAAUUCACAACAAAAGGAGAUUCAUCUGCCUACAUAUCACCCGCUCCCUCUACUACUGCUGUCAGCAUCAAAGUGGACAGCCUAGAGCCCCAGUCAAAUCCAUGCCAGGAAAAACGAGUUGUACUGCAGUCAGGACAUACUAUCCAACAAGCUACAAUGGCUACAUCCGAACAUGUCAGAGAUUUGGAGAGCAUUUGUCAAAUUGCAGAAGGAAAGGAGGAGUCCUUACAAAAAGAUAACUCUCACGUAGUGACCUCUUCACGAGCAGAACUAAGGAAAAAUGGAAAAGUCCGGUCGAAGCGAAAACCCAGAGUCUUAUUUUCACAAGCUCAAGUACUUGAACUUGAAAGAAGAUUUCGUCAACAACGCUAUCUUUCUGCACCAGAAAGGGAACUCAUGGCCCAGAAUCUCAACCUUUCACCGACACAGGUGAAAAUUUGGUUUCAGAAUCGACGCUACAAAUCCAAACGAAUGCAAAUUGAAGGAAAUGGCAAGGAAUCAACGCCGAAAACUCCGACAAAACCGGAACUGAAGAAGACUAGUAGGAUUCCAAUGGUUUUGGAAACGACCCCCGAAUUACCUGCUUACUCCAAUAGCAUGCACCUGCCACCACCACCUCCACCUCCUCCAUAUCCUGGCUACCCCAUUCAAUAUGAUCAGUUUCAAAACCCUCAUGGAGCUCUUUAUCCCAACAGUUAUGAGCAUAGAGCGUAUUGGUAG